AUGGCUGUGUCUAAGAACAAAAGGAAGCAGCAAUGCUUCAUAUCAGUACCAUCUCAAAUAGUCAACUCUCUCUCCUCAAAUUCACUUCAAUCACUCCUUCUCUCUCCCAAGAAGAAGAGCUCAAAGGCCAAGCUUUUGAAGAACCCAAUGUUCUGGUUUUUCUUCCUAUUUGUUUUUGGAUUCCUUGAUAUGUUGAGGUUGUGGUUCCGUUUUGAUCCUUUGGUCCCUUUCUCGCAAAACCCAUGUUCCAUUCCUCAACAAGAGUCCUCAAUCUCUGGACAAGAGUCUUCAAUCUCAAAAUGGUAUGCAAGUUCAGAGCUCAAUGUUGGACCUAAGAGUGAGAAAAAUGGUGAAUUUUUGGAGAGAGAUGAAGAAGAGAGUGAGUUCUGGAAGCAACCUGAUGGGUUGGGUUACAGGCCAUGUUUGGAGUUCAGUAAGGAAUAUAGGAGAGAGAGUAUGAAGAUUGUGAAGGACAGGACAAAGUAUCUGAUAGUGGUGGUUUCUGGUGGAAUGAAUCAGCAGAGGAACCAGAUUGUUGAUGCAGUGGUGAUUGCAAGAAUUCUUGGGGCUGCUUUGGUUGUUCCCAUCUUACAUGUCAAUGUCAUUUGGGGUGAUGAGAGUGAAUUUUCUGAUAUAUUUGAUUUGGAUCAUUUCAAGGAAGUUCUUGCAAAUGAUGUGAGAGUAGUUUCAUCUCUGCCAUCUACACAUUUGAUGACAAGGCCGGUGGAGGAGAAACAGACUCCAUUUCAUGUGACCCCUCAAUGGAUCCGUGCACAUUACCUAAGAAGGCAUAGGAGGGAUGGUAUUUUACUCUUACGUGGUUUAGAUUCGAGGCUUUCCAAGGAUCUUCCUUCUGACCUUCAAAAGCUUCGGUGCAAGGUGGCAUUUCAUGCACUCCGGUUUGCUCCAUCAAUCUUAGAACUUGGAAACAAGCUUACUGAGAGGAUACGGAGAAAGGGGCCUUAUCUAGCUCUUCAUCUGCGAAUGGAGAAGGAUGUCUGGGUGAGGACAGGAUGUCUUCCUGGCUUAAGUCGUGAGUAUGAUGAGAUAAUACACAAUGAGAGAAAGCAACGGCCAGAGCUUUUAACUUCAAGAUCAAACAUGACUUACCCGUGA